GACCCAACCGGCUAUUCAGUCUUUCGCAGCCCGCCGUCCGGAGCAUACCGAAACCGACCCGACAGCCAAGCGGCCAAGAGCCAGGCGAAAGACGCACCUGUUGCUGGGCAUGCGACUCUCGAUUCAGGUUCGACAGGAACACCACUCCACCACUCAACUCCAUCCAUCUGCAAAGCCCAUGGCCGGGCUUCCUGCAUGCAGCUGCAUGUCCUCCGGGUGUGGGAACUCCCCUACAGCUGAAUGAUGAGGGUGUCGGUGAUGGGAAUCCGCAAAUGGGCGCAAAUGGGCGAAAGUGGGAAUUCUCUUAUCGCGUCAUGCCCGCCUGCCCCAGGGCUUCGGAAACGCUCCCCCAUCCUCGUCGAACUCGGCUCCGUACCCGUCCCUCAAAGUCGUGUAGAUCAGCCCGUUCAGGGCACUCGGUUCGGUUGGUUGGUUUCUCAUCCCCUCCGUUUCGGUUUGGCGCGCCGCUCAUCUCUCCACACUUGCUCCGUCCCUUCAUCUCACCUCAAUCACGUCCAUCAACACCCACCCACUAUCAAACACCUCCGGGUCAUCCUAUUCGGGGGAAUCAUCAUCAAAUCGUUCGUCGCCUUUCUCGGGGGAAUUUCCAUCGUGCUUCUGAAAUCGUUUCAUCUUUCGUCUUUCCAUUCGUCGCUGGACUACUAAUCUCCGCCUCUUCUCGCGUCUCAUUGGUAUCGGGUUCAUCCUCUGCGCCUUUCUCCGUGCGUCAAAUGCUAUUGUACAAUUGUGUCAUUCCGUAAAAACGUCUGCUCGCUGUGUGUUGGAAUUGGAAAGCCCCUCCCAGACGCCGGCCAUGACAUAUCAUCCAUGGCGUUAUGCCCUGACCCAAAUACUCCGAAUAAUUAUCCAAAAAUCCUUGCUCUGUGUUUGUUUGGCCUUUUGAGGUAUCAUUGAUCCCAAUCCUGACAACCCGGGGUGGUCGCCUUCGUUUGCCUGCCCGAAGGUGCAUUUUGUUU